AUGAUCGACAGUGGAUACUCUCCUCUAGGAUACUUUCUCUCCACCAAAUCCAGGACCUCGGCAUUAAGCUUAACACCUAGGGCCGCCAUAAUUCAUGGCAAAUGCCUCAACAUAGAGGAGGUGGAAUUUGAAAGAUUAAGAGCUUCGAGAAAAAAUUGGGCAUGUCCUAACUGUCAAAAGACCCAUAAAAACCCACUAAGUGAUAAGCAACCCAGCACUCCAAAAGUGGCCACACAGCAGACAGCUGUUGAUCACACGUCCCAGCUGCAGUUAACAGCCAUCAAGGACCUUAUGGCGGAAGUCAAGGAAUUGUAA